UUCGGGUUUACACUUGAAUUCUUACAAAAGAGGGAAAUUAACGCUUCCCGUACAUAAAUACGUGUGUUUAAAUGUACUGAUGUCAAAUGGCAGCUGUGGGGACAUGGUCUUUCUCUCGUCCUGCAGUGGAGAGAAUGAGAUGUAUGCUGCUAGCUGGACAAAAUGCUACAGAUGUUGUAGAAACAGCAAUGGCAGAGGUUGAAGAUGAUGUCGACACGGGACGGCACAUUGUUGGCAGAGGAGGAUAUCCAAAUUUCAAGGGAGUGGUUGAAUGUGAUGCUGCAAUUAUGGAAGGUGUGCCAGGGAGAUUUGGGGCAGUGGCUGCACUUCGAGGAAUUGCACAACCAUGUCGUGUAGCUCGCAAAGUAAUGGAGAAGAGUCCUCACAGCUUGCUUGUUGGAGAUGGAGCAGAAGCAUUUGCUCAGGAAUUGGGUUUUACAUCUGAACCCAAUGCCAAUAUGCUUUCUGACCAUUCAGCUACUGCUUACCGGGUAUUCAUUCACACACACACACACACACACACACACACACACGGUGUAUUAUACUUGCGUCAGGGAGAGGUCGGAGCUGCAUCUUCAGUGGAAUUUCCAUACACAUUCUGGAGCCAAGGGUUGAGUUCGGUGGAAGAGCUAGUCAUUAACCAAAAGAAAUCCAUAAAUGUUUAAUUUCUACUCAUUAAGUAUGCGGUUGGUCAUAAAACGUCAUUACUUUUAACAUUUGUGUUAACCUUUGAAUACUUUGUAUGAAAAGCACUUUGUUUAUUAUUCUCAUAAUCAAUAAAAAUGUAUCUGGUGGGUCACGGUCUUCUUUUUGACACGUAUUGAUCAGUGACUCGCACUCACAUUAGCCAAUG